CAUGGCUCAUCAAACACGAUGGGCGAUCAAAACACUUUUGCAAACUUAAAGGGUUUCGGAACGAUCACUUGUGUCAUUGCAGUCAUGCUGGCUCUCUCAGUGGUCUGGUUUCUUUCGUUUUUCAGCUUUUUAGCGUUCAUUUGCCCAUCGUGUUUCUGGGAGCCCUCUUCAUUCAGACCACUAAUGAAAACCACGGCGGUUCUUGCUCCAUUGCCAAAGCUCCGGAACGAUACCUUACCCAAUAGAUUCCAGCGCGCCAGCCACUUAAGCCCUCGAGAGUUGGAGCGACUUUCUUGGGCUUGCCAAGAAAUCAAGGCAAACAAGCUCAUUCAAAAGCCAAAGAGGGCGAACAAGUUGGUGGAUUGGAACAUGAAGUUCGCUUAUUCGAUCAUCCAAAAGAGUGCUAGCAGUUCAAUCAUGCAGAUACUGGCUUGGUGGAGCUCAAAAUAUGGUCGGAAGAGGAUCAAGAAAUACCUGAUGUCGAAUGACUCUGUCACUGAACGGAUCAAUGAAUUUGACUUAUUUCGAUUCACAUUUGUCCGACAUCCCCUGGAGAGAUUAUAUUCCGCUUUUCAAGAUAAGAUCGUCAACCGAGCUCAUAGGAACAUCAUGAACCGAUCCCACAUUCUCCAUCACUAUGGACCUACGUUUGAGAAUUUUUCAACGUACAUAGUGGAAGAACUGUUCCGAGGCUCUAAUGAGAAAUUUGAUCGUUUCAACUGUCACAUUGCGCCACAAGUCAUAAUGGGAGAUUUUUGUCAGGAACGCUAUCAUUUCAUCGGAAGGGUCGAGCAAUUCCAAAAAGACAUGAAGUUUGUUCUACGGCAAUUGGGAUUUUCUGAAAAAUAUAUUCAAACACGCCUGGAUAUUCGCCUCAACUCGUCAUCCAAGAAGUCCCAAAACCCCCAAAAAUUCCAGCAAUUACCCAAACACCUCUUAGUAGCCCUACAUAGGAUCUACUACUUGGACUUUCGAGUUUUUGGUUAUCAAUGAUGAGUGUUCACAAAUAUCUUAAUUCAAAAGUUGAAGCCCACCAACCAGUGACUUCGUUAUGUAAUAGAUGGUACUUGAAUUUUGGUUACCUAGAUCUGACUACGUAGCCCUCAUGUUUUCUUUACAAUCUGAAAUGAACCACCACCUUCUUAUUGUAAUUUAGCAAGUGUUUCUUAUAAAAUUUGCUCGUCUUCGUACUUCACUCUUUAACUUAAAUUUUGUAAAAUCAACUUGAAUUUAUUCACGCUACUAUCCCUUACAUCUAAUGGCGGUAGUUGGAGCGGCACAAACAAUAAAACAAA